AUGUUUCGUCUAAGGCGUGUCUUCCCAUUUUCCCGAGUGGUAUCCCGGCCUAGUCCACCAUUGCCUCAGGGCAGUCUCUUUAAAGUUCGUCAUGUAAAACUUCAAAGACCGUGGAUCCGGACGCUCUUUAAGAGAUGUUUUAUCUACGGAGUCGCGUUUCAUCUAUGGAGUUCAUUCGUACUUUUGCAGUUUGACGAGGACGAUGAGACACAGGAGCUUCUUGUUGAGGGCGCGAACAGAGGCCAGGAAAGGAGAGACACGGACGCCAACGCUGAUACCCAAGAAUCUUCGGAUUCAGAUGAAAUGUUUGUUCCUCUGGGCUGGCCCCAGAUCCGCGAAGGUGAGCUUUACGCGGCGUCGGACCCCGAAUGGCAGGAAUUUGUCAAGCUUUCUCGAGAUCGCGAAAAGCUUCAGGCUCUCAGAGAUGAACUGGCCUCGAUUGCAUUGACAGAUGCAUCCCGCUCCCAUCUACUCUCGCGCAUUCUCGGUGGUCCUCUGACCGUCACGAGAACCUGGCUUGUACAUCAAUUUCCGUCCCGGGCUCCUCCUACGUACAGCCGUUCCGGGCUUAACAUAACUGACGAUGGUGUCUCGUGGACCUCCAAACCAAUGUCAGCAGAGGAUGGGGACCGACUACUGAGAUGCGCCCGGCCACUCCAUGUGACACUUGCCAUCAAGGAUGCUUUUAUGGUCAUCUUGAAGAGGCAGACCGCACGACUUCGUAUGGCAGGUUCUGGUCAGGAACAACUGCAAGAAACAACGGAUUCACCGUCCCAGAAGAAAGAGUUCUCGCGUGAUAUCAAAUCCUUAGAUGGGCUGGAUCGCAUACCUCAAUCCCGGAGUCCACCGUCUCAUGUUUCUCGGGAAGGCGCAUCGCAGGAAAAUACCGAGUCUAGUCUGUAUUCGUCCAUCCUUCGUGCCACAUUACAGAUGCUACCGCUGCCGAAGUUUGAGCCCGAUUCCGAUCUAUUCGCCGCGAGUCUGGCUUUUCAAUCCCGACUGCGGGAUUGCAAGGCUCGAGAGAGGCACACUCCUCGUCGUGGCGUAUUUUACUUUUCUGGGCCUGUUGGUCUCAGGGGGCCCAAGGGGUUUUGCAGGGUUGAAGUACAAGGCGAAUAUGAUACAGUGGCGGCGAGCUGGAGUAGCGUUACAAUGCAGUUCAAAGACCUAGGCCUUUUUAAGCAGAAGGCCCGAGGUAGGUCAUAG